CUGUAAACAAAUGGCCGACAUUGAGCACCUGAAUAUUUUUCACACUUUUUGACGUUGGAAUAAACAAGGAAUGAUGGAAAUGUGAGAAAGUUGAAAGAACAGAGUGUCGCUAGGGUAACAUCAUCUGACAACUUCAAUGACCUUGACCCCUGAAUCAUGGACCAGAACGAAACACCAACAGUGACUGAAUCCAACAUGGAGGAGGAGUCAGAAACUGAAACAUGUUCAGAGAGAAGUUUAGAAAUGUUAGUUGAGGAACAAUCUAGAGGUGUGGCCUUCAUGGAUAAUGAUGUAGAGAAAUAUUCCGACUCUGGAAGUGAAAGUAGUGGGGAACCAGCAGAAAGCAUGUCAGAGACGACAGACAAUAAAACAGACAUUGAUGCCGACGAAUCGUCGGCCAUAUUAGAUGUCAAAGGGUCACGAGAUUCACAUCCUAAGAUAGUUCAAAAUUUUCGUUCCGAACCAAAAUCAGAAGCAGAACUCAGUGCUAAAAGCAAAAGUGGAUCAGAUUUACCAGUCAUGAAUACAUACAUAAGUUUUGAUGGUCAGGAGAAGACCAUGGUUUCCUUGGUUACCCAGACGGAUUGGGACUGGGUGGAAGAGGCUUUGAUAAAACAGGAAAAUGAAAAAGGUAUGACUUCUUCUGAUGAUGAUAGUUGUUCCGACGAUGACAUACCUAAAAAUACCAGUGAUGAGCCACCAUUGUUACCUAGUAUUGGACCACCUCAAAUAUUACAGUAUAUCAGAGAAUCAGAAUUGGAGGAACCAGAAACAUCUGAUGAUUAUGAUGUAGCAGACUUCGCCCUCGAUGAAGAUGGCCGCCCAAUUGGUAUUUUCGGCGGGAAAUGUGAAUUCUGCGAACUUGACAUCAAACCUUUCCCAACAAUUGAACAACAACAAGAAUUGCCACCAGAGCAACUAUAUUGCUGUGAUCAGUAUCGAGAAUUUGUCCAAUUUGCGACCUCCACUGCCUUUGAAUUAGAGGAAGAAAUGCAGAAGACUAAGAAGUUAAUCGACAUCAAGCCUCAUGGACAUUUUGGUAGCAAGAAGGCCAGAAAGGCUGCUAAAGAAAGGGCAGUGCAAAGAAUGAGAGAUCGGGAAAUGGAGAAGCGUAAACAAGAAGCUACUGGAAUGAACAGCUAUUUUGCUGGAGCCUCUCCUAGUGGUGAAUUCGGAUCUGCCACGGAAGUGGGAGGGGGUCGUGCAGGUGCAGGUAGAAAUCAAGGUUUUAAAGGGAAUGGACCAGCUCCUUUAUCCUACAAAGAUAUGGUGGCAAGGCAAAUGAAGACUAUUAACUAUCAGCUAUCUUCACAGAAAUGUCUAGAGGAGGGAUGGACCAAACGGGCCCCUACCCCACAGGAAGAUGAUGGAGACAUGAUAGAUGUCUUUAUUCCAGAACCUUUAGAUUUCACUCUAGCUAACAGUGCCAAGAUACGAGAAAGGGAGCUAAUCCAGAAAAAUUAUGAGAAUGGUAAAAAGUUCCUGAUGAUAUUUCCUGAUGGUACUGGAUCAGUUUUUUACCCAUCAGGCUAUUUGGCUGUAUCUAUAUGUAAAAUGGAUGCUGGACAGUUCAUUUAUGUUGUCCAUGACAACUCAUCUGACAGCAGAAUUAUGGGAGUGUUUGAACCAAACGGUCACGGAUGUUGUUACCAUAAUAAUGGUAAUGUAAGAUUGUAUUUUGAUCAGUUAGAUGGGAUAGAAUUAGACAAAUAUGGAGCCAAGAAGAAGAAAUGGUCAUGGAAAGAUCAAGAAACUCAUGUUCAUGCUCCUCCUUUCCAGCCUAUCUGUGUUGGUCUCAAUAGAAGCAUCGGGCUCCGUGUUAUGAGCCAGGAACAUAUCACAGUCACCUUCAUGGCUAAAAAUAGAAGUUGUCGCUUUAAUGUUGGAGCUAGACUAAGGUUGAUGAAACCGGAAAAUAUUAAACCAAAGGAAGUCAGUGACAAUAUGAUAUUUAUGGAAGAAAAAGCUGUUCAAAUAGAGAAUGUUUUACACAAAGUGUCCAAUCUACUGAGAUUUCCUCAUUCUCCAAAAAUAGACAAGAUAUUACCUCCCCUUAGAGUCACUCACCGAAUGCAGAAGGUAGAAUUGUUAAGGAGUCAACAAAAAGCCAAACGUCAGAGUUUCUUUCCCAGUCGAAGCAGCUUAAACCAGACAUCAAGUUCGUCAAACAAUACAUCUUUACCUGCUGUCGUAGUGAAUUAAUAUUGGCUAAAUUUAGUCGACGGUGAAAAGCCCAGAACUAUUUUAGGGGUCGCAGAAAAUGUCAAGGCUACCUUAAAAAUUGUAUUUAGGCCCAUAUCUUUAACUGUUGUUCUAUUGAAUUAAUGCCACAAAAAGUGAGAUGUUCUGGUUUUUGGGAAUGUUGAAAAUUGUCAUUGGUCACAAAAGAUGAGAUGUAUUGUAGAUGCCUAAAUAUUAAAUGCUGCUAUGCAUGUAGGAGCAAAGGUCAUCAUAGUUCUAUUUCUAGUCCUUUGAAUUCUAAAACUUAAAUUGAGACUUAGUUUUGAUAACCAUUUAUAGAAGUGAAUUUUCUUAUGAAAUGCCAAAUUGACCAACCCAAGUGCAUUUUGGCAGCCAGUGUUCUGGUCAGUAGGGGUUAAAGAGGUGGGGGGAUUUUUUCACUAUGUAAAAUGGUAGGAAAUUUGAAAGUGAUAUGAUUUCUGACCCCACCCACCCACUCACAUUGAAAAGCCAUGGUUUUAGUAUUAUGUUUGUGCUUUAAUUAACUGUGAUAUUCCAUUGAACAGCAUUAUUGUGAUAACUUUUUGCGUUUUGAUUUUAUGAUUUUUAUAUAAAGAAAAGUUAGUUGCCCUUUCAGCAGAUAAAAUUUUGAUUCGAAAAAGUUUCCCUAUGUACAUCUGUCUUGUGCUUCUUUUCUUAUGAGUAUUUCAAUUCUAUUUACAUAAAAAUAUCUCCAUAUAAAUUACAAAUUUUUCCUUUGCCUAUUUAUCAACAGUGCCUGUUUUAUUUUUCAUUUUGUUUACCCUUGCUUUUGAAUUUUUUUAAAAUGUUAAAAUAUAUUUCUGUGUGUGGUCAAGUCUGCUGAUGAAUUGUAAAUAAUCAUUGUUAUAUUUAGAUUAAAAAGAAUUUUUGAAAUGCGAAA